UGCUUACAGCUUUCUCGAACUAACGUAGCACGGUAACACUCGUCCGCUUAUUUAUUUUGCACGCAUAAAGAUAUCAAUAAUUUUUCUGGUUGGAUAAAAUUAGUAAAUGCAGCAAAGCCAAGUCGAAAAAACCAAAGAUGAGCAGUCAGCGAGGCAAUGUUAGUCGAACACGUGCGCAGAAGCACAAAAAUCGGCAUGUUUUCAAGAACGAUCUGCACGACAAAACGCCCCAGCAGAUACGCCUUAAUGCGAUGCACGUUUCCACCGUUUGCCAGCGCUGCAAGGAGCAGAUCGAGUGGAAGAUCAAGUACAAGAAGUACAAGCCGCUCACCCAGGCCAAGAUCUGUGCCCACUGCAAGGAGCGGGCAGUAAAGAAGGCCUACCAUGUCAUCUGUCGGGAUUGCGCCGUCAAGGCGCACGCCUGCGCCAAGUGUCUGAAGAGCGCCAACGAGGUGGCCAUCGAGGAGCCCCAGCCAACGCCGCGCGAGGAACAGCAGCUGCAGGCGGAGAUGGACCGACUGGUCAAGUCAUUUUCGGAGCGCAAGAGACGCGCCUUUCUGCGCUACAUGAAGAGGGGCAAGAAGCAGCCGCAGGAUGCACAGCCCCUAGACGAACAGGAGCUGGAGGCCCAGGAGAAGGCUAAGCGCGUGGCGCACACGCGUGACGAGCUGUUAGACAAGAUCAAGCAGCUGAAUCUCGCCGCGGAGGAUGAUGAGGAAGAGGACUCGGACUUCGAUUCGGAGGAGGAAGAUGAUUCUGAACUCGAUUCCGAAGAGGACGAGGACGAGGACGACAGCGAGGAGGAGCCACAGAAACCUGGCCCCGCGAAACCCACCAAGGCGAAAUAAACACUAGUUUGUUAAGUAAAUUAAUUGCUUUGUUUUAAGGUGGGAAACUUAGUUCCUUCGCUAAAAAAUCCUAUAUUUUUUUAUUUCCUUGCAAAAGUAAGCGAGAUCGCACAUAAUGUUUCAAUAGCAUUAUCUAAUUUUAUCAUAAAAUCUUUGCAUGGUUAAUCUUAAAUUGGAAUAGUUCGUUACCUGUAAAUAACAAGUAAUUAAAUCACUUUUUUUUACAAAA